ACCGUUGACGUACCUCUACCUUCGGUUUAGUUCAGUAUUCCUCUAGAAUUCUAAGAGUGAACAGCUCCCUAACCGUUAAUACGAUAAAGCCCCGUAGUUGCCUUUCGUUGCUUUUUUCCGGUCCGAGGGAAAUUUCUAAGGAAAUUUAAUAUUCCGCGGCUCCGCGCUUAGUUUCUCGGCGAUGAACGUUGCAUUCUAAACGAUGUGCUUCGAUUAUUGCCAGCGGCUGUACGUGUGCACGUUUGCUCUGUUUGUGGUGAAACAUUCAACAGACUCGUAAACCUGAAUUCCUGAAUAUCCGAUUAAAAGCGUCAGCAAAUUAUUAUCGUUUAUUCAAAUAAUAUAACGAUACAAUUGGUCGCGGAAAAUUUACAUGAAUUAUAAAUGUGAUACAGUGUCUUCUUCUUAAAAUAAUAAAUAUACAGAAACGUAUAUAUAUUAUUAUUAAUAAUAUACAAAAUUAAAAUUUGCCGAGGGAUGAACGAGUCAAUUAGUGGUUGACAAUAAUUUAUUAACACUCCGCGUUUAACACGUGUAUUUAAAUAAUAAAGAAAUCGUGGAUGUGAUGGUGGAAAAGGAGGAACCAUAAUGCAAUUAAUGACUUUCAAUUCGUUAUUAAUGUUCGACUUGGUAUUUUUAUUUUUCCUAUUUCUCGUCGGUGUAUCCUGUCUAGCUUAUUAUUUGCCAGCAACUAGAAUAACCAAUUAUAAUGAUCUCGCGUCGUAUGAAAUUAUUAAUUCGAAAAACACCAAAUUACGUAAUGACAUUCCUGUUGAUGAUGUUUAAGAAUGCAAACGAACUUGAAAGAAUCUUAUCCUGGAUUAUCCGUGGUGGCUGGAGACAUCCUUGCCCUACGUGGAACAGGGUUGUCCGCGUCCGAAACAUGGGCGUUGUUAUGCCAGGCUGCCCAGGCCCUCCAGGACCUCUUCCUAUCGAAUUCCGAAAAAAUGUGGAUGUACUCGCUAGGAAGAGCUUUAUUGGACACAACCCCCCGAGUUUCAGCACUGACUGGUACCGUUUCGGUCUCACCCUCGUCAGCCCUUCAAAGCGUUUUAGCAGCUAUGACAGAACCAGAUUCUAAACGACGAGCUUCCUUAAUGAAUUUAUUAGACGUAAUUUCCGAGUAUUGUAGAACCCGUCUGCAAUCGAAACCGUUCACCCAUAUAGUGAUGGACAUGUAUAGAGAAGUGAUUAGGUCUCCGCAGUAUUCAGCUCGAAAACGAAUCGCCUAUCAACAUUUGAAUCAGCUUCAAGUACAGCAUCCACCGAAUCAAAUCAAGUACCCGCCUCCUAACCAGGAUAGAAAUCCUUAUCAGUGUCUUCAGCAACAGACCGUGAGCCAGUACGAUGUCCCACGAAAUCAUUUAAUGAAACCCGACCCCAGGAGUCUUCAGCAUUACCAGCAAACAGAUCUCAGAGGUCAGGUCAAGGCUAAUUUACAAAGAUAUCAGGGUCAAGAUAAAGAUAAUGAGGUCUACUGUCGGAGUCAAUGCAAUCAAUACAGCGGGCCCAGAAUUAAUCAGAAGCAAGGAUAUUCGCUCAAUUACCCUCGACAAUUCCAAGAAGCGCAGGUUCACCAUCAACAGAAGCAACAGCAACAGCAAUUUAAAAAAUAUAGAGAACCGCGUGAGGUUCCCCAAGAACCGCAAGCGUCAUCAAAAAUUCAUUAUCAUUACCCGAGUCAUCAUAAAGCGAAGGGGACUCUGUUCAAACUUCAGUCGAGGAAUUCGCACUCACAUCCUAAUUUAACGAGUCUAUGCGAUAAGCAGUCGCAGUUAAAUAAAGAAGAGAUCGGGGCGAAUGUUAAGAUCGCUGGGAACCCGGUGAACAGUCAUCAAGGUCGAUGUAAUUACAAUCAUUUGAGGACGAACUCCCAGCCGAUUUGUACGGAUAAUAAAUUGCAGCACACUAGGAGCAGCGGGAAUUUGCCAUCGACGAUUUACCACGAGGAGAACAAACCUGAAUACAAUUCUGAAAGAAACCUUGAAAACGAUGGAAGGGAAUAUUAUAGUAAUACAAAUUAUAGUGACCCACUUUAUUCGUUGCCAGUUAAACCUUUCCUCAGUUCGCAAGAUGUUAGCAAGGUAAACGGACUGUCCACGAAGAGUCAACCGACUGGUUACUCUCAUCCGGACAUGACUUUAUUAAUACAGAAAGAAAAGAAGGAAGAAGAGAUUUACAGUAACUCGGCGAGGUAUAUGAAUUCCAUAAUGAAGAGACAAUACUCGAAUCCUCAGUUGCCUAAUAGAAAUCAGCAAGAGGAGCAAAAGCAGCAGGAGAGGAAUUUCGAAAAUAGGAACGAACGUCUGAACACGAAAAGAGAAGAGGAAGAAGACGAAGGGAAGAAUAAUCCAGCUUCUUCCAUAAAGUUAAAACACAAUCUUCAGGGCCCACCUAAACCUCCGAGAAUCCUCACGACUUUGAAAAAGGCUUCGUUACUUUCGGACGAAGAGGGUAACAGCAGAUCCGAACCUCCAGCGAAACCACCCAGAAACUUGGUGAGGAACGGGCCGAGGGCUCGUAAGAACAAACCAGUUCAAAGGGCUCCCUCCAGAUUAUAUAGAACGAUAGGAAGUGGGCCUAUAAUGAAGUGUUUCAAUCGGGCUCAGUGUAUCGGCCCAGAAUUCGUAGUCAGAGCUAAUCAGCCACCUAAGACGUUAUCCGUUGGUCAAAUAAAGACUGGAAAUUGUGGGAGAAUUAUAGUAAUAAUGUUAACUGGACAGAGAUUGGAAGUAAGCUGUGACCCGCAGAAGAUAACAGCCGGCGAUCUAUUCCAGGCUAUUGUGAGAGAGGAGAAUCUAGAUGAAAAUUUCGCGUUAGGCCUCGCAGUAUUAUUAGCAGGAGAUUUUGCUAUAUUACCUUCGGAUUACAAGUUAAAUAAAAUAGCGCCUCCGGGAUGGUUGAACGAUAACAAUAGCAACAAAACUAAAAUUCUACCGACGAAUUUUAUGCUCUAUCUGAGAAUACGAUUUUUCUUACCAUCUCUUCAGGGCAUCAGGUACAAUAAAUUAUUCCUUAUUUCAAAGAAUUUAUGGAGCUUCUAUUUAUUUUNACUGGAAAUUGAACACGGAUGUGGUGAUUAUUUUUUAUUGGAACACUACGUCCCCGAGUCUUUUAUUAUUAAUCUGGACAGUUUGAGUAAAAGCGAGGGAUCUGAGGAACUGAAAUGUGUGAAGGCACUCAAGUCUCUUCUUCAUCAGGCUCAUCGCAAUAGGAACGGUUUAGACUCGAACAAGGCCGAAGAGAUGUUUAUUAAUCACGCUCAAUCGUUGAAGGACUACGGUUUCCACUAUUACAUAGCGACUAUAGACGUGAAGGAUUUUAAUAAAAUAAUGGGAAAGCAGAAAGGGAAGAAAUCGAACGAGAAAAAGUUUCAUUGCGACGAGCCGAGGAAAAUUGGCACCGAUCAAGAACCGAUUUAUUGCUCUAAAGAUAAUAGUGAACGAUUGUAUGAAAUUCAAAAAGAAGAUAACGACACGAUUUAUAGCGAGGGUAAUAGUAGACAGUCGUAUGAGAUUAAUAAUAAGGAUAGACAGUCGCAAGCGUGUAAAAAUGAUAAGAGCAGAGAUUCGCGGAAAGACGAGAUUUCUAAGUCGGACUGCGAGAAUUUGAGCGGCAGGAAAAUUUUGUAUAACAGCGAGGAUGGGAAAUUAAUUAAAAUUAGUAAAGAUUAUUCUUCUUCAAAGAAUAUUUACGAGGAAACUAAAUGUAAGAGGAAAGCUCACGACUCUUCUAGUAAUAAUAGUAAAAAUAUUGAUAGUAAACACGGGAAGAGUGAAAAGAAAAAGGAGAACAAUAUAUGGCUGGCGAUUAAUAUUCAAGGAUUGAAGAUAUUUGAAAGGGGUGGAGAACCGAGGGAAAGAAUUGAAUUAGCCCAAUUUUACUGGAAGGACAUCGAAACGCUGAGUUACAAUAAAUAUUGUUUAAUAGUUUAUACGAAAUUAAACAGUGGGAAGCGAUGCAAAUUCAAAUUGCGAAUGGAUCACAAGAAGAGUUACUUCGCAUUCAAGCUGACAUCUUUACAUCACCAGUUUUUCUUGAGGCUUCGUUCCGAAUUCACUUCCUCUUUACAAGAAUUGUCAAAAGAAUUUGAGACACCUACAAAAGUGGAAGAAGAGAAAAAAACGAAAUCACCGUUGAAAUUAAAAUCCAAGUCGCACAAUAUUAAAUCUAAAUCUCAGGGGAAAGUGGAUGGGAAGACGAAAAUUUGUAUAGCGAAUACUAUGAAAAGUACUCAGCAAUCGAAUUUGAAUUACUCGAUGAGAUUAGAAGAGUAUCAGAAUAAAGAGAACGAGAAUCCAGAAAAGGAUAUGACGUAUGCAGACCCGAUACCGAAUUCAAGUGCAAUUCCAAAAGCGAGGGAUCCUUAUUCCACGGAAGACGACGUUUUAUAUGCUCAAGUUAACAUCCGGCUGGAACCCGAAGGAGAAUCCAGGGACAUGGAAGAUGUAUCCGAAAGAGAUCUGCUAAACUCGAAAGAAGAAAACGAGAAACUUGAUAGAAUUGAAAAAAUGGAGAGGAUAAUCAUGGAGAACGAGGAUACUUAUCAUCAAUCGAGAUCAAGGACGCGACAGAUGGAUCUGACUAAAUCUAGAAUCGAGACGGACAGGGAAAUAGAGCUGGAAAUAAAAAGGCAGAGGGAGAAAGAAAUCGAAAUGGAAAGCGAUUAUUCGAUUGCUAGGAUUCCUAAAAUCGUUGUAACCAAUGAUGAGAAAUUCUACAGCUACCCACAAUUGAAUUCAGAGCCGGAAUUAAAAAGAGACGAGGAGAUGGAAAGAGACGGCGUUUAUUCCAUACCGAAAAUCGUUGUAACGAAAGAAGGGAAUAAUUCGAAAACAUUAAACAACCCUGAAGAACUGUACGCGGCGAUUAACAAAGUUGGAAAAAACGAUUUUCCAGUUCCUGAGGAAAUAUGGGAUGUCUCGGAUAUAAAGAAAUCUGUACAUAAGAUGAAGACUUCGAGUUUGCCGAAUUAUACUUCGAAACACUCAAAAGGAGUUAAUAGCAAUCGAACUCCGAGCUUGCCCAGACGUUUGGGAGUGAAAAUGGGUACCAGAGCGAUUUAUAGUAGCAUGUUGUAUAAAGAUACAGAGACACUAUCAGUGAAAUCUGAUACAGAUUCAUCUAUUAACUCUUUAUCAUUAGCAAGAUCGACAGAAGAGUCGCCAAUGCCUGAAGCUUACGUAUUAAAUGCUGAUAUUCCAACGAACGAUGAAACAUUUCACGUGCCGAACGAUGAAUCGAUGUCUACGUCGCUAGCAGCUCGACUCGAAGAACUCUCUUUUGCUGAAGAGAGAAAUUUGGAAACGAUCAGAUUGAAGAGAGGCGAUGGAGGUAGUAUUGGUUUACAGGUGACUGAAGGAAACGACGGUGGAGUCUACGUCCAAGCGAUUUCAGUCGGAGGGUCUGCAGACAUGGCUGGCAAUAUUAAUAAAGGUGAUCGUAUAGUUGCUAUAAAUGGACAGAGUCUACUGCAUUUAAGAUACGAGGAUGCUUUAAAGUUGCUACAGAACUCGUCUGAAACUAUAGUAUUAGUACUCUCUCAAGAGAUUCGAAAGAGUAAACAGAAUAAUCAAAACGUAGAUACUAAUUAUUUAAAUGACGAAAUGAGGAAUAUGAGUGCAAUAAAUAAAUUCCAAAGAACAAUCGAUUGUUCUUCAGUGCAAAAUACUUCGAGCGCUUACAGUAGCGCAGCCUCCAGUUCUAUGGAUCAUUACAAUUACUAUAACAAUCAUCCUAAUAACUAUGAAAGCGCUAAUCACUACGCGAGCAAUGAUGAAUUGAAAUCUGCUAGCAUGAUGUUGAGCAUAGAAGAUUUCGAAGUCAGUAGAACCAGCAGGCAGGUGUUCAUUUAAAAAGAAACUACAUGCCGCCGGUUCCUCCUCGAAGGAAGAAGAAAUUGAGAUCGAAAAUGCCUACGAUUAUCAUAAAUUCGCCUGAGGAAACGUCGAU